CCAGCCCCAGCCCCAGCUCCCUCUGCCUCUCUGCCUCCUACCCCGGCCGGUCAUGGCUCCGGGCCCCGGACUCUUCACCCUCUUGUAUCUGGCGCUUUGCAGAAUCGGUGCAGCUCGGCAGGAAAUGCAAGCAGUGAUUGAUUUCGGAUCGGUGCACAAUGUGAAACAGGAGGCCACAAUCGUGGAGAAACUGGCCACAGAGAUUCUGACAGUGAACGAAGUCUUUGUCGUGUCGGUGUUCAGGCUGCCACCCAAACAGGGUGGCACUCUGCUGGGUUUCUACGCUAAGAGAGACAACAUGAGAUACCUGGAGGUGACUGUGAUGGGAAGGAUCAACAGAGUCCUUCUCCGCUACCUGAGGGAAGAUGGCAAAACCCAGUCCGUGAACUUACAGAACGCAAACCUGUCGGAUGGGAAACCUCAUUCCAUCAUCCUGAGGAUCAGUGGGCUGCAGUGGGACCUGAUCACUGUGGAACUGUACAUUGACUGCAGACAGGUGGAUUCCAGCGUGGGGCUGCCUGCCUUGGCCAACAUUCCCCCGGGAGAGGCAGAGAUGGUCGAUGUACGCACUGGUCACAGGGCAUAUGCACGGACACAGGGUUCAUUGGAGGAGUUGAAGUUGUUCCUUGGAGGGACAGUGGCCCGAGUUGGUGCAUUGCAGGAGUGUCCAUUCCAGGGUGAUGAUGCGCUAAGGAACGCAGUGAAUGGUGCAAAUUCGGUUCUGGGUGACCAGACAAAAGCACUAAUCAACCAGCUGGCUCUUUUCAAUCAGGUCCUUCGUGACCUGAGAGAAGACAUCCGAGAGCAGGUGAAGGAAAUGUCACUGAUACGGAACACCAUCCUGGAAUGUCAAGUGUGUGGAUUUCAUGACCAUCGCUCCAAGUGUGAUCCCAACCCUUGCUUUGAAGGUGUGGACUGUAUGGAAACCUACGAUUACCCAGGUUACCGUUGUGGAUCUUGUCCUGAAGGCUUUACAGGAAAUGGCUCACACUGCACCGAUAUUGAUGAGUGUAUGUUUGCCAAUCCCUGUUUCUCUGGAUCCAAAUGUCUAAAUGCAGUGCCGGGCUUCCGUUGUGAAUCCUGCCCUUUGGGCUAUCAAGGGACGAUUGUGGCUGGUGUAGGAGUGGAAUAUGCAAUGACCAUGAAGCAGGUUUGCUCAGAUAUCGAUGAAUGUAAUGAUGGGAAUAAUGGUGGCUGCGUAAUAAACUCUCUCUGCACUAAUAUGAUGGGGUCGUUUACCUGUGGUCCAUGCCAGAGCGGAUUUGUUGGGAACCAGACAGUUGGCUGUCUUCACCGGAAGUCCUGCAGCAUUGCCACUAUUAACCCGUGUGAUGUCAAUGCCCACUGCGCUAUCGAGCGCAACGGGGAGGUGUCCUGCAGCUGCAGAGUUGGCUGGGCUGGGAACGGAUACGUGUGUGGGCCGGACACAGAUAUCGAUGGUUAUCCUGACCAUGACCUACCCUGCAUUGACAAUCAUCGCCACUGUAAUAAG